AUGGCGCGGAGCUGGGCGAGAUGUGUAGUUGUGCUGGUUCUAGCGUGGGUGUGCGGGUUGCUCGGGGCCGGGGAAGCCAUCAAGCUGCACUUGGAGGCAGGGGAGGAGACGUGUUUGUCCGAGAGGUUCACCGUGAAGGAAGGUCUGUGGUCUCAGACCGCUGAGGUGUCUACCAAGAUCUCGCUGGAGCAGCCCGAGCGGCCGGGACUGCCGAACGCGGACCGGAGGAGGAGCGUGACUGUCAAGAUCCUCCAGCCGGACGGCAAGAUCCUGCUCCACGUUCCGAACAUCUGGAAGGACGAGAAGCUCACCAUUCCAGGACACGGGCAGGGGUCCUACCGGCUUUGCGUGUACAACACGUCCCCGACGCGCAAGCCGAUCAAGGUCAACGUGGUCUACUUCAGCGUCCACCACAUGUACGACUACGAGCGCUACCGCAAGAAGACGGAGGAGCCGGUCAGUGCCAAGGGUGGGUCGGACAAGCAGGGCGCGCUGGUGACCGUCGACCACAUCGCGGCGACGUUCGACGUGCUCAAGGACCUCGAGGACCUCGUGAACGAGGUCAGGCGCGACCAGCAGUUCCUGGAGAACCGCAUCGAACGGCAAAUGAUGACGUCGCGGUCCACGCACAGACGCGCCGUCCUCCUCGCGCUCGUCGAGGGCAGCGCGCUCGUCAGCGUGUCCGUGCUGCAGAUCGUGAUGCUGCGCAGGAUGUUCGCGGGGUCGCACGGCGGGGCCGCAGGGUUCGGCGUGCGGGGCCACUUUGCCUGA